CACUUGACUUUUCUCUCGUUUCACCAGUGGUAUGGUACCAGACUAGACAGCGUAGAGCUAGUUAGCCAUAUUUCUGUUUUCAACAGUUCUAUAUUACACGGUUAAUGUAAAGUAACGUUCUGUGCGUACUUUUGUGGGACAUUGACGACUGAUUUAUUUUAACAUCGUUUUCUCUGCGUUCCGCAGAAGACAGUGAGCCAUGUACAAUGGAAUUGGCCUGACAACUCCGCGGGGCAGCGGUACCAAUGGCUAUGUGCAGCGCAAUCUGUCGAGCCUUCGGGUAAAACGGCCUCGGGACGAGCGUGGUGGUGAGCGGGAUGAGAAGGAUCGGGAGAGGCUUGAGAGUCAGCUCAAUAGACAGCCCAAUGCUGAAAUCCUGGAACACCAGCGGAAGAGGCAGCUGGAGGUCAAGUGUGCUGAGCUGCAAGAUAUGAUGGAGGAUCAGGGGUAUUCUGCAGAGGAGAUUGAGGAGAAGGUCAACAGUUUUCGCAUGAUGCUGCAGGAGAAAGAGGAGCCAGCUCCUGCCACUGCUGAGAAACCAACGGUGACAGAGACUCAUGCUCUUGCUGCAGCCAACCAGCAGAAGAAUGAUCGUCUUCGUGCUGCUUUUGGUAUUGCCAGUGACUAUGUGGAUGGAUCUUCCUUCCAUGCUGACCGGAAGGAGAAAGAGAAAGAAAAGAGAGAACAGGAACGCCUAGAAAGGGAGAGACUGCAGCAGCAGAAAUACACGUUGGUGGAAGAUUCAGAUGAAUCUGAUUCUCCUCCCAAGAAGCGGAGUCGAAGGAAGAAGAAGAAAAACAAGAAUAGAGACAGCUCAGAGAGUCCUUCUCCCUCACCUCGCAGAGGUAAAAAGAAGUCAAAGAAGAAGCAAAAGAAACGUGAGGUUUCUGAAGAGGAGGAAGAGGAUGAAAGUAAAAGUUCCUCUGAUGAGAAGCAGAAAGUGUCAAAGAAGAAAAGAAAAAAGAGCAAAAGCACAAGUCCUCCAAAAGCAAAAGUGGCACGACACAGGAGCGUUUCUUCCAGCUCUGUUCAGAGUCGUUCUCCAGCUCCAAUGAAGUCACGUAAACAAGACCAAACUGCUGGAAAACCUAAUGAAGGAAGAAGAGGGAGGUCUCCAGAAGGGAGAAGAAGGGGCUAUGAAGAGCACAGCCCAACUCAUCAGGGACCUGAAAGGAAAAGGCCCAAUUUUGAGAGAGAAAAAGAACAAUGGACUGAUAAGAACUCCACUAGCAGGAGGCAUGACUCGUCAUCCCCUUCUCCACCUCAACUGAGAGAUAAAAACAAGAAGAGUUCCAGGAGCAUACAGGAAAGUGAGAGAAAAAAACAUUCAAGUUGCACAGAAAGAGAAAGGCGUUCCUCAAGUAGAGGUAUGGAUCAAAGGGGGCGUUCAAGAAGCAAAGAAAAUGAAAAGGAAAAAGCCAGGCGCUCCAGAAGCAGAGAAGUUGACAGAAGGCAGCGAUCAAGGAGCAAAGAGAUGGACAAACAAAAAAGGUGUUCAAGAAGUCAAAAUGCGGAAAAAGCGAGGCGCUCUAAAAGUAAAGAGCAGGAGAGAGGAAAGCGAUCAAAGAGCAGAGAGAUUGUGAGAGGCAGGCGUUCAAGAAGCCAAGAAUUUGACAAAGAGAAAGAAAGGCAGUCCAGUAGUAGAGACAGAGAGAAGGGGAGUUAUUCAAGGAGCAGAGAAAAUAAGGGCAAAGGAAGAAGGGACAGUGUUCCUCGGAGAGAUAGAAUUGACUCCUCUUUAUCUCCCUCUCCUCCACGUAAACAGGUGGCAAGAAAAGAAAGGGGCAGAGAUUAUGUGCAGGAAAAAGAUAAACAGUGUCAAAAGAAAAGACAUGACUCUUCAUCUCCCUCGCCCUCUCCAGAAAAAGAGAAAUCAAAGAGGGAGAGAAGUGAAGAGAGACAGCACCGGAAUGAGAGAGAUCUACAGUGGAGGUUGACAAAUGAAAGAGAAAGUGGAAAGAAACAGAGAGAGAUGUCGCCGCAUAAACAGAAAAAAGACAGGAAAAGAGAUGAAUCCCCAUCUCAUUCUUCCUCACCUGUCUCUUGUUCACCUGUCAUGAAUGGGGCUCAAAUGAUGGAUGACAAGAGAAGAGAGCGUGAGACCACCAAGGAGAGGGAGAAACAUCUAACUUUGCAAAAGGAACAAGACAGAGAGAGACAUCAAGAAAUUGGAAGAAGGAAGGAUAUGGUGGUCCAGUCCUCUUCAGAAAGUAGGGAUGGAUCAAAGCCAACAGAGAGAAACAAGGGUGAAAGGCUAGACAAGGAUGACAGAAAAAUGAAAGGAAAAAGCCCAACAACAAAGGAGAAAUGUCUUGAAAAGGCUGGACAGGCCAAAAAAAGAACACAAAGUAAGAGUAGUAGCAGUAGCAGUAGUAACAGUAGCAGUAGUAGCAGCGGCAGUAGCAGCAGUGACAGUGAGAGUGAUAGCUCAUCAUCCUCUUCUUCAUCUUCCUCUUCAUCCUCAUCCUCAGAGGAUGAGGGCAGAGUGAAAAAGGGUGAAUCAGAAGAAAGGGAAAAGAGUAACCCAGUGAAAAGUGCAUCAUCUGCCAUUCAGGCUGCAGUUCAAAGGUAUGUAGCCAAUGGGCAAAAGGAAAGCUCUAUGUCUGAGAGUGAUGCACCCACAGUUUCCCAGAAAGACAGAGCAGACGAAGGAAGGGAGAGGCCACGGCCAUCUCAGAGAGCUCCUGAGAACUACCUGCCUCAAAGAAAAGGUCAGGAACGAUAUAGCCCCACACAGAUGGACAGCCCCAGUCCGCCACCACCUCCUACCAACAAAGUGGAUACCAGCAGCAACAGGUACUCUCCUUCUCAAACCAGCACAGAGAAAACAAGGGUGGGUGUAACAACUGAGGAAAGGGAGAAAAGAAGGGAGAAUGAUAUCCCAAGGAGGCAUGCACGGUCAAGCCCCUCAGCCAGGAGGUCAUACUCACCGCCUGAGAAGUCCACCUCUUCCCCUCCCACCCGUACUCCACCACGGCAGUAUCAAGAGCCUCUGGCAAGAUCUAGGAGAACUUCUCCUCCAGCAUGGUCAGAUCGGGACAGAGAUAGACAGCGGGAGAAGGAGCGAGGAGACAGAGAACGCCAGAUGGCUGCCAGAAGGAGUCGAUCCAGAUCCGGACCCACAAGGCAACAUGGCAGGUCUUCAUCCAGGAGCCCAAGAUGGCGCAGCAGGUCCAGAUCUAAAGGCCCAAAACAGCGCAGCACGUCCAGGUCUAGGGGCCUUAGGCAGCGCAGCAGGUCCAGGUCUAGGGGUCCGAGGCAGCGCAGCACGUCCAGGUCUAGGGGUCCGAGGCAGCGCAGCACGUCCAGGUCUAGGGGUCCGAGGCAGCGCAGCACGUCCAGGUCUAGGGGCCAGAGGCAGCGCAGCACGUCCAGGUCUAGGGGCCAGAGGCAGCGCAGCACAUCCAGGUCUAGGGGUCCGAGGCAGCGCAGCACGUCUAGGGGCCCGAGGCAACGCAGUACAUCCAGAUCUCGGGUCCCAAGGCAGCGCAGCACGUCCAGGUCUAGGGCUCUGAGGCAACGCAGCACAUCUAGGGGCCCGAGGCAACGCAGUACGUCCAGAUCUCGGGCCCAAAGGCAGUGCAGCCCGUCCAGGUCCAAGGGCCCAUGGCAGCGCCGCAGGUCCAGGUCUAGAAGCCCAAGAAGACAGAGCCCCCUCAGCAGGUCCCAUCACUCUCCCUCUCCACAGCAGCAAAGAUGGAACAGUAGAUCCCUCUCUAGAGAAAGACAACUGGACAAGACAAGAGCUAGAGAGGUACAACAAGGGAGACCAGGGAACAAGGAGGAUCCUUACCCUAAAAAUGCUCCCCAACGUAGCAGGUCAUCCUCAUCCUCAAGCUCCUCAUCGUCUUCUUCAUCCUCAACUUCACCUUUGCACCAGAGGAAAGAAAUAAAAGCAACAACAGAGCGUGAGAUGACAAAAGAUCAUGAGGACAAGCAGAGAGUAGAAAGACAGCAGAAAAGUCAUUCCUCAUCCUUACAGGGUCCUUUCAAAGAUGUAUCUCAUGAUCCUGCUUUAGGUAGAAACGUGUCUCAGUCUGACAUUAGGCGCUCUGAUGUGACCUACAAUAGGUCUCCAGUUGGUAGCCAAUCAGAUAGCUCAAGUAAGAAACAGUCACUACCAGCUGCCUCUCAACCAUUGAAUAAAACAAUCAGAAAUGAAAGUGCUGUAAACAAGGAGACAAAUGCAAAGAAAAAAUCCAUCAGGAGCAGCAGCUCCAGUUCUUCAUCCUCCUCGUCCUCGUCGUCUGAGUCUUCUGAGUCGUCCUCCUCAGACAGUUCUGACUCUGAGGUGGAGCAAGGAAAAGGGAAAACAACUCAAGCUCAAAGUUCCCCUUCAUCAUCCUCAUCUUCUGACACUGAGAAGGAAGCAAAAAAAAACAGCCCUGCCAGACCAAUGAGAGUGCCAGCUGAUUCCCUGAGAGAUUCUCGUUCAUUGAGUUAUUCUCCUCCAAGACACAUGAGAGGAGCUCCGUUGUCACCAAGCCACAGAAGGAAUGACCAUAGGCAGUCCCCAAGCCGCUCAUCAAGCAGCAAAAAAAGGAAAUGAGCUGACAAUUACUGCUUCUGUAUUGGUUCGCUGUUGAACUUCAUCUGGUUUGUACAAUAUGAACCUAAAAGCCAGCGGACAAUAAAUGCACAUCUGUGAAUGUCUGGAGAGUCAUUUCAGUUUUGAGUCAUCACACAAAACACUGAUGUGUUGGUGUGGUUUUUUAAAGCUGUGAUAGCGUUAGGCUGGCUUGUACAUUUUUUAAUGAGAUAAAUAAAUCGUACACUUUUCCCACACAGUUAAAAUUGCCCUAACAAUGCCCUCUGUACUUGUAUUGUUUGUUGCGUUCUGCCUGUAGAUAUGAUCUGUUUUUUGGUUAUUAUGUAACAGAUGUGAUUUCAAUAUAAUGUGAUCAGAAAAUUAAACUUUGUUUUUUCUUUGUUGGGAAUGGUUAAUAAUAAAAGGCAAUUAUACAUUUUAUUUGUCUGGAAUUUGCUUUGGUAAAUUAAACCACCAAGGAUGUGUCUGAUUUUGUUCUUCCUAUUGUCAACAUUCUAUUAAAUAAACACUGUGUAUCCUGA